AUUUUUCUCCACCAGAGACACACCAAACCCUCAAGGGGAUAAUUAGAAUCUAUAGCAUCAGUUCACAGAUCUGUAGUCCAAUUUCCUCCAUUUAGAAACCCUAGCCCUAACCCUAGUUUUUUCUGAAGAGAAUUCUCUAAUGGCCACCGCCGACGAGCCAAUGCUACCCAUCGAAUCAGAGGCUGAGCAGCCCGCCGUUGAGGAGGCUGUUAAGGAAGAAAUUCCUCCGCCGCAAUCGGCCAAAACCAAAGCGAAGAAAGUCGCUGCCCCCAAGAAGCGUUCCUCGGCCACUCACCCUCCUUACUUUGAGAUGAUUAAGGAUGCGAUCGUGGAGUUGAAGGAGAGGACUGGAUCGAGUCAGUACGCGAUUGCUAAGUUGAUUGAGGAUAAGCAUAAGAAUCUGCCGUCGAAUUUCAGAAAGCUUUUGCUCGUUCAAUUGAAGAAGCUUGUGGCUAAUGGAAAGCUCAAUAAGGUGAAGAAUUCGUACAAGCUCCCGCCGCUUCGUUCUUCCAAAUCGGCUGCUGUUGCUGCGCCGCCGGCCAAGAAGGCGGCGGCUCCUGCUGCUAAGACGAAAGCGAAGCCAAAAGCUGCCGCUUCGAAGGAGAAAAAGGUUACCCCUUCGAAACCUAAGCCGAAGGCUAAAUCUCCUGUUGCUGCGAAAGCUAAGCCAGCGGCUAAGGCGAAGCCGGUUGCAAAGGCCAAGCCAGUUGCAAAGGCCAAACCUGUUGUAAAGGCCAAGCCGGCUGCAAAGGCGAAGCCAGCUGCGAAGGCCAAGCCAGCAGCCAAAGCUAAGCCGGCUGCGAAGCCGAAGGCUGCGACCCCUGUGAAGGCGAAGGCUGCGCCAAAGAGGAAGGCGCCGGAGAAGUCAUUGGUUGAGAAAAAACCACCGGCGAAGGCCCAAAGGACGUCAACGAGGUCAACGCCGGGCAAGAAGGCGGCGGCUGCUCCUGUGAAGAAAUCUCCGACACCGAAGAAGGUAACGCCGGCGAAGAAGGCGCCUGCCAAGACUGUGAAGUCAAAGGCUGUCAAGUCCCCGGCGAAGAAGGCUGCGGCGAAGAAGGGGAAGAAGUAAAGUAGUGUUCGUGAUCGGAGGGGUAGUUUGGGAAAUAUAAUGUUGUAGGGACAGUAUUGUAAUUAGCAAUGAUAGAACCGGAUUCCUUUCUUUUUUCCCCAAUUUUAGCCUUUCUUACAGUCUUGGGUUUUUCUUUUAAUUUUCUUUUUUUGAUUUAGGGAUUUGAAAAAAAAGAAAAAAUGAGUGAUUGUAACAAAAAAAAUCAAAUCUUUUGGAAAAUGAUCAGUAGAGUUUUCUUCAU